GCAACUUGAGAGAUCAUAAAAGCGCUGCGACUGUCAGUUUAAACAUUAACUUACGGGACAAGAGUGGAGCUGGCGGUUGGUGGCUGGACGUUGCUGUGAGCCGGUCCCGUCUCUGCUUUUCACUGCUCUUCGAACAUCCAGAUGCCAAUAUGAGCAACUUCGGGCAGAUCCUGAAGGAGAUCGGCGAGUUUGGUUUGUUUCAAAAGCGUUUAGUGGCUGCAUUAAGCAUCCCCAGCGUGUUUGUAGCUUUUGAUGUGAUCGGUCAGGUGUUUACGAGCCUGAGCUUCCCACAUCACUGUAACACCGACUGGAUCUUGGAGCGUGGCCCAAACCUGACAGCCGAGAGACAGAAAAACCUCACCCUCCCUGUGAACACGGCUGGGAACUAUGAAAGCUGUCAAAUGUUCACACCUGUGGAUUUGGGUUUGGAAAUAAUUGAAGCAUAUGGGAUUAACACUACAACUGGAUGCAUAAAUGGAUCGGAUUUUGAGGUUCCCAGUGCCUCCAGCCUUGUGACAGAGUUCAACCUGGUGUGUGACAGAAGCAGCUUGAUCGAGGCGUCCCAGUCCAUCUUCAUGGCCGGGCUGCUGGUCGGAGCGCUGGUUUUGGGGCAGAUGGCUGACAGGUUCGGCCGACGCUUUGUGGUCCUGCUUUCACUCCUUCUGCAAAUGGUGUUUGGUGUCGGUGCUGCUUUCUCACCCAACAUCUAUGUCUAUAUUGUUAUCAAAUUCCUAAGCGGGAUCUCCGUUUCGGGCAUCCUUAUUAAUGGAUUUGUGAUAGGUGGAGAGUGGAGUGAUGCCUCCAAGUUUGCGUUGUGCACCAUUCUCUGCCACUCUUCGUUCCCUCUUGGACUGAUCCUGGUGUCUGGCGUCGCCUAUCUGAUCCCCAACUGGAGGAUCCUGCAUCUGGUGCUCUUCAGUCCUCUUGUCGUUGUCCUGGGAAUCUUUUACUGGAUUCUUCCAGAGUCGGCUCGCUGGCUCAUCACCCAGGGCAGGAAGGAGGAAGCCAUAAAGGAGGUCAGGAGGGCUGCCAAGGUGAACAGAAGGAAGGUCCCGGAAGAUCUGCUUGACAAGCUAGACAAUGAGACUACAUCCAAAAAAAGAAGCAUGCUGGACAUCUUCAGGAUAUCGUAUCUGAGAAAACGUGCAUUGGUUAUGAGCUGCGUGUGGUUUGGAACGAGUCUGGUGUACUAUGGACUGAGCCUGAAUGUAGGCAAUUUUGGUCUGGAUAUCUACCUCACACAGUGCAUCUUUGGCUUAGUAGAGUUCCCUGCACGCCUGGGCUGUUUGCCUCUUAUCCAGCGCUUUGGGAGGAGAAUAUGUCUCGCGGUGCUCCUGCUCUUUGCUGGUGCAGCUUGUCUUGGGAUACUUGCUGUUCCAAAAGACCUUCCUGUGGUGGUUACCAUCAUAGCUGUCGUUGGAAAAUUUGCCGCCACUGCCAGUUUCUCCAUAGUCUAUGUUUAUACUGCAGAACUAUACCCAACCACUCUAAGGCAGAAUGGUGUCGGUCUGAACUCCAUGUUUGCCCGUGUGGCGGGCAUCUUCGCUCCGCUGAUCAGGCUGCUGGACGUCUACCAUUACACCAUCCCCAUGCUGAUAUACGGCAUCGUCACCAUUGUUGCUGGGGGUUUGAGUUUUCUCCUGCCUGAAACCCUCAAUGUUGAACUCCAGGACGAGGCUGAAUUCCUAAAACCUGAGACUGGCACGAAGAUGCAAUCAUUCAGUAUAGAGGAAAAAUCAGAAAAGAGCACGAAAAUGUAAGGACACAACAGAUUACUGGUAACCAAUGUUUUGCUGCUGCAAAAGUGAUGCACUGUACGAUAACUGAGAUUUGUAUAUGCAUUAAAUGAUGCAUUGUUUUUGCUAAUACAUUUAUUUGUUUGAGUUUUCUCUUCUGAAUUUAAUUGUUGAAUAAUGAACAGUGUUAUUCCUUCUGUAUGUAUUUAUAUUGCAAUAAUGUAACGGUAGGUAAUUAGGCUUUUUGAUAUAGUUUAACUAUACAUCAAGUUACUUUUGUUUAUCUAUUAGUUGUAGUUCAUCUGCGCAACUGUAAUGUCUUUGACACUUAAUGAUUGUGAUCAUAGGAUAACAUUGAGCAGCAAAAAGAACAAUGUAUUUAUCGUUGAGUUAUUUGGUUGAAUUUAAAGCUCCAGCUUAAUGAUAAUGUUGCUCCAUGUCUGAUGUAACCUUUGUUGCAACUUGAGGUUAAAAAUAUCUGUUUCAAAAUGCAGCAUAUGUAACAUAUACUGUACUUGACUGUAUUGAGGAUAGAAAACCAAAACACACAUCAUAUUGUUUCAUCAUAUUUUAUAACUGGACCGUUGUAAUAAAUUGAUUUACACCCACAA